AUGAAUCCUACUAGUAAACUUACCUUGGUAUUCAUUUUGCUUAUUCAUAUCUUAAGCCUAUUCAACUCCGUCUUUCCCUAUACCAUAGACCAUGUAGCCCUCUUAGCGAUUAAGUCUCAAAUCAUUCUUGACCCUCGCGGAGUCUUAAACACUUGGAACAACUCCCUUCCAUAUUGCGAGUGGGAAGGUGUCACUUGUAGCACCAAGCAUCCACAUCGAGUUGUCGGUUUAAACCUUCAAAACAAUAAUUUGGUGGGAACUCUAUCACCUUAUGUAGGCAACUUAAGUUUCCUUCAUGUACUAAAUUUAUACAACAAUAGCUUUCGAGGCCACAUACCACCUCAAAUUGGAAAUCUAUUAAGGUUAAGGUCCCUAGAGUUAGUUAGAAACACCUUUGAAGGCGAAAUUCCAGCCAACAUAUCUCGUUGCUUAAACCUCGAACAACUUCAAUUAUCAGGCAACAAUCUUGGUGGAUUCAUUCCAUCUCAACUUAGUAUCCUUACUAAGCUACUAGUUUUGUCACUUUCGUAUAAUCAACUUAAGGGUGACAUCCUUAACAAGGUCGUCAUGAACAUGACUUCCUUGCAAAUAUUGUUGGCUUCGAAUAAUUCCUUUCAUGGAAGCAUUCCGGAAAACAUUGGAGUAGCACUCCAAAAUUUGGUUUACAUCUAUAUGUCUGGAAAUAAGAUCUCAGGAAAAUUCAUUUUUAGUGCUAGAAAUAUGCCUAAUUUGUUAUACGUCGAGAUCAACUCUAACUACUUGGGUACUAGAGAAGCAGAUGAUUUAGCCUUUCUACAAACUUUUGCAAAUUGUAGUAAUUUAUACCGUUUGGAAGCUUCUUUUAAUAACUUUGGAGGGAUUUUACCUGCUUCUUUAGGUAAUAUUCCAUUAUCUCUUUAUAACCUAACUAAUUUAAGAGUACUAGGCUUGCAAGGUAAUCAAUUCACUGGAAAUCUUUCACCUCAGAUUCAAAAGCUAACUAAGUUAGAAUUAUUCGAUUAUAAUGAUAACUACCUUUCUGGAAAUCUUCCUAAUUCAUGGGAAAAUCUCUCACAUUUGAGUGAGGUCAAUCUAGCUAACAAUAGAUUUGAAGGAACAAUACCCUCGAGUCUAGGUAGUUGUACUAAUCUAUUGUAUUUGACACUUUCAAAUAAUAGAUUAAGUGGAACUCUACCUCCUCAAUUAUUUCAUCUGUCAUCGAUGUUGGUUGAACUACGGUUGUCCUACAACCAAUUACAAGGAGUUAUCCCGGUCGAAAUUGAGCAACUGAGAAAUUUAGUCCUGUUGGAUAUAUCAGGAAAUGCAUUUUCAGGAAAGUUUCCUACCACCCUUGGUAGUUGUAAUGAGCUUAUUGAGCUAGAUAUAGGAGGAAACUUAUUCACCAGGUUUAUCCCUCCUUCUUUUAAGUCAUUAACUAGUUUGCGUUUUUUGAAUCUUUCUCAUAAUAAGUUGUCUGGUCCAAUUCCAAAUUUCUUCGAAAAUUUUUCACUUAUAGGACUAGAUCUAUCUUAUAAUGAUUUUAAGGGAGAGGUUCCUAGAAAAGGUGUUUUUGCAAAUUUAAGCGCCUUGAAAAUUCUUGGAAAUAACAAGAUUUGUGGAGGGAUUUCACAGCUUCAAUUGCCAACAUGUCCACCUAAUAAUGUUUCGAGAGGAAAGGGGAUUAAAUUGUCUGUUGCCGUGAUUGCGAUCAUUGCAGUAGCUUCUUUGGUUGCGAGUGUGUCCAUAGUGUCAUUAGUAUACUUUCUACUUUGUUCAAGGAGGAAACGAAACAAACCAUCUCAAGGAUCCGAGUUUAAUUUGAUAGAGCCCUUCUCAAUAUCUUAUGACAAGCUUCUCAAAGCUACAGAUAGAUUUUCGGAAGCAAAUGUACUUGGUAAAGGUCAUUUCGGGUCUGUUUACAAAGGAGUCAUUGAUCAUGAGAGCAAUAAUAUGGUUGUUGCUGUUAAAAUUAUCAACCUUGAACAGAGAGGAGCAGCUAAAAGUUUUAUGGCCGAGUGUGAAACGUUAAGAAGUAUCCGUCAUAGGAACCUUCUUAAGAUUGUCACGGUUUGCUCAAGUACUGACUUUCAAGGCAAUGAUUUCAAGGCUCUAGUGUACGAGUUCAUGACCAAUGAAAGUCUUCAUCAAUGGAUUCACACAGAUCCAUAUUUUAGAAGACUAAGCCUUCUUCAAAGAGUAGCGAUUGCAAUUGAUGUGGCGAGUGCACUGGACUGUCUGCACAAUGGUUGCGACACUCCUAUCAUUCAUUGCGACCUAAAACCAAGCAAUAUUCUCCUCGAUGAUUCCAUGGUUGCUCAUGUUGGGGACUUUGGGUUAGCAAGAUUUCAUUUGCGUGCAACUGCAAAUAACAGUAGCUCAAUAGCAGUCAAAGGCAUAGUUGGAUAUGCACCUCCAGAAUAUGGCCUAGGGAGUAUGGUGUCUAAGGAAGGUGACAUUUACAGCUUCGGCAUUGUGUUGUUAGAGAUGAUGACUUCAAAGAGUCCCACUGAUGAGAUGUUCGAACGAGGUUUAGACCUUCACAAUUAUGCUAAUUCAGCAGCAUUGUCUGCUCAAUUGGAAAACAUCAUUGACCCAAGGCUCCUAGAGGAUGGAUAUACAAGUGAAGGAAAUGAAGGCGAAAUUUUGAUAGAAAUUGACAGGAAACAUAAGUGCAUAAAAUCUAUCAUUGAAAUUGGAGUAAAAUGUUCCGUGGAGUCACCACAAGAUCGAAUGAGGAUCGAAGAUGCUAUUGGGGAGUUGCAAGUACUAAAGGAUGCUCUCCUUAAACAACUACAUGUCAUUCGUGCAAAGCGCGUCUAG